AUUCUACUCCCACACCUGGAUCAGAUACUAUAUCCUCACUUCAAUAUAUCCGCACCAAGGAGGAGGCAAGCGGAUAGCGUUUUAUUCCUAAUUCCAUCGCUCCUCAAAGAGCUCUCUCAUGCUCUCCAACUAGAACAAUGGCGGUUGCUUUAUCCUCACUGUUUACAGUAAGAGCAGCCUCAUGGGACACCCAACAGAGACUCCCCUACAAUCGCCAACGCACCAAACCCAAGAAACCCCAAAACCCUACCACCACCACCACACCAACUCUCGCUCUAACUGCUACUCCUAAUAACACCAUAGAUUCUUCAAUUUCAGCCCUUCUCCAAAGGAAGAUUCGCAAACCUAUUCGAGAGAAAUUGGAGGAAACGUAUCUGGGUUACGAGACAUGGUUGCCGACUCCUCCGAAGGUGGAGAAGCCGCGUUCGAUAUACAAUGCCGCGUCGUUGGCGUAUAUUGGGGACUGUAUAUACGAGUUAUACGCUAGGAGACACUUCUUGUUUCCACCACUGAAUAUUGAAGAAUACAAUAACCGUGUGAUGACAGUAGUACGCACUGAGGCGCAGGAUGCAAUGCUUCAGAAGCUUCUGACUGACAAUUACUUGUCAGAAGAAGAAAGGGAUGUCCUUCGCUGGGGGAAAAAUAGUAGUUCAAGUAAAACGCGGACCAAAAAGCGUGUUGGUGUCGCAGUUUACAACAGUGCAUCUUCACUGGAAACACUGGUUGGUUAUCUUUACCUGACAAAUACGAAGCGUCUGGAAGAGAUCAUGCUGAAGUUGGGUUUCUCAAGUGUUACUUCACCCAUUUGAUUCUGCAGCCAAUGGAUUGGGUUCCACUUUCUGAUGGAUUGGGGCUAUGGUCACGAGCAAUAAUGAUAUCAAGUUCAUCAAUAUCAAUAUGCAUAUAUGCAUAUCAAAAUUUCGAGUAUUCGCAGUGCCCAUGUCAAUCAACCCCAGCGGCUUAGCCCAAUUGCCCAUUUGGCUUGAGACAUUUGCUGGUGAGAAAUGAUGAAAAUGAAAAGAUGGAGACCUCUGGUUCACAUAUUAUUAGGUGUGGAACUGGGUUACUGGAGGAAGGGGUGACUCAUGUUGAGAAGCUAUUUUUUACAGGACUAGAUUGUGUUCUUUUCUUGCCCAAUUUACAACCCUUAGUGUACUAUAUACAGCUUCAUCACCUGCAUUGUCUCUAUACAGCUUCGUAGAGUGACACCUAGAAUCGCAUUGUUAUGUUGUAAAUUUGUAUUAGUAUAUUUUGCCCGUGCCCCGCA